AUGCACCCGGCCUACCACUAUGUUCUUCCACAGCAGGUUCCUCGAGGCGCCCUGAUGCCCGAAAUGCCCGUGCCACAAGAAUUCGCCUACUACCAGGCUCCUCAAGCCCAGGGCUACAUGGUUCCUGCUCCAGUUGUUCCAAUGCUGGCGCCAGUGCCGUACCCGGUGUAUCCCGUCACCCAGCAUUCCCAUCCCCAGCAUCCCCAGCAUCCACAUGCCCAGCAUCAACAUCAACAUCCUCAAGCCCAGCAUCCCAAUCCACCACCCCAAAAACACCGCCGUUUCCGCAGACGCUACUACCAGAUUGUGCGUAAGUACAAGUGCACGUAUCCGGGCUGCACCAAGCGGUACGGCCUGUUGAACCACCUCAACACACACAUUGUCACGAAGAAACACGGUCUGCGCAAGUCCAAGGCGGACUUCAAGGAUGUGGAUUUGGACGAGAAGGAAAAGACGCCGACACCGCCGGAAACGGCACCGCUGGCGCCGCUGGCGCCGGAACCGGCGCCGGAACCGGCGCCCCAGGGCCUGCUUCCUACGCCGCCGGUUUGUUCGUCGACGGUUUCGGAAAACACUGACAAGAAGGAGGAGCCUGAAAGCAAGACGUUGCCUCGCAUCUCGGACAUACUAGACGGGCCGGUGAAGCUUCCGCUGCUUCCGUCGGUGGUGGGCUACCAAAAGUGA